CCCCGCCUCCCGCUCCUCCACUUCCCGCAGCAGCGGCGGCUCCUUCCGGUCCCCUCCUUCCUCCGGGUUGAGAUGCGUGGGGCCGGGCGCUCAUGGCGCCACCUGGUGGUGACCGCGGCCGCGCUGCCGGGCGGGACGGAGGGCGCGCAGGGCCGCUUCCCCGGCGUGGUGGGGACCUCCCGGGCUGCCCGCAGAGGCUGCCCUCCCGCCCGCGGGACCUGGGCAGGCCCCCAAGACCGGCCCCGGCUCAGCGAUGCCCUCCCGCCCGCGGGACCUGGGCCGGCUCCCGAGAUCAGCCCCGGCUCAGCGAUGCUCUCCGCCUCCCGCCUGUGCUCAUGCCUAGGGCCGACCGCGACCCCAGAGCCCCAGCACCCCACCUCUCCCGGGUUUCAGGUCUCAGAAGCCUGUCGGAGGGCGGUCCAGACCACCCGGUUCCCAAGAGCGCACCUUUAGACGGCACUUUUAGCCGUUACUUUUGAACCCAAAGUAACAUCUACAAGACAAAGGGUGCCAGUACGUCGGGGUCAACAUGAACCACCGGAGGUCGAAGGAUAACUUCAGGCCCUCCACCAUAUAUGGACUGCAGGAAAUUCCAUGUUUCUUCUGAAAUUUGACCAGAGUCUGCUCCUAAAAUUGUGUGCAUGCAAAGAACGAUGUUUACAAACAUGAAUAUAUUGCAGAGAUAUAAGCUACAACACGUAAUAC